AUGUCUACCGCCACCAGAAAGAAGACUUCUUCAUCAGUGGUAAAAUCCUUGGGGAAACUUUUUGAUCCCAACACUUUACAGAAUCAACAUGAAAAUGGAAGAAACUGGCAGGACACCACCAGCUGCCACGUCAAAAAAGUUAAUGAUAUGAAGCUGGCACGCACAGACAUUAAAAAGAAGUUCUCCGAGAUGGUGAAGAAUGCUGAGCAUCAUAAACCAAGAUUAGAAGACGUUGAACAAGUGAUCCUGGAAGUCCAGCGACAUGUUGGUUCUUUGGAAGGGGAAUUGAAGACUUGUACGCUCACUGAUCCGAUAUGCAGGAAAGAAGCUCCUUGUAAGAUCCUCGGAGUUGUUGGUAGUUUGAAAAAAGAUGAGUCAGAAAGUUGUUUCAGAAUGAAGAUGUUCUCAGCUAAAAAGGAAACAUCGUCCAACAAAUGGAAUGAAAAGGAAAAGUCGUAUCUUACUGCAAAGGGAACAAAAUCUAUAGAAAAGGAAAAAAUGCCUGAUUCCUCAGAUGGGUCGGAUGAGAAGUCAGAAUCACAUUCUCAUACAGAAAAGAUCCAUAAACUCAACAAGGAGAAUACAGAGAAGGCAAACCCGUUUCUGGUUCAAAGAAACUUCCCCAAAUCUCAUGACUCUUCUGAGUCUAAAGCGUCUGCAGGGUGGCAUCAUAGCAACAGUUGGAAAGGCUCUCUGCAGAAGACCCCAGGAAAGAGUCCAGUGGAAGUGAAUCCAAAUGAAGCCAACAAAAGUCAAAAUAACCCAGAUACAGGAGGGGAUGAUCCAGGACUUGUGAAGAAGCAUGACGGAUCUCAAGGAAGUCCAAGGAAUGUAGGAGAAGAUGACAAAAGAAAAGAUAUUCCCAAGGAUGAAAAAGCAGGAGCAUCAGCAAAAACAUCUCAAAGAAAAAAAUCAAUAGCAGAGGCAGAUAUCAAGCAUAAAGAAAAUGAAAAAGUUUCAUUCCUUUUGAAAGAUGAGCAGACCACCAGCAGCAAGCGUCAUGUGAACGAGAAAAGUUUUCUCAAAGAUGUCAACAGGAGGAGCAGAGUGUAUGUGGCCAAGGCCAGCGGUGGAUUUAAACCAAAAGAAACAGCUAAGCCAAAAACAACAGAAUUCGCCUUACCUGGGAAAACAGUCGCGUCUAAAUCAAUCGCUGCCAACAAGAACAAAAUGAAGCCAGAAGCUUCAAAGGGGGACAACCUUAUAAUUGAUAACAUGCCCGCAACGCCUGCUCCUUUUGAUCACAGGAUCAUCAAAGCAAAAAGAGCUGGGAUUGGUAGCUUCUAUCAAAUCUUCUUGAAUGAAGUUUUGGGAGGUGGACGAUUUGGCCAGGUACAUAGAUGUGAAGAGAAAGAGACAGGUCUCAAAUUAGCAGCCAAAAUUAUAAAAGCCAGGAAUGUAAAGGAAAAGGAUGAAGUAAAAAAUGAGAUUAAUAUCAUGAAUCAAUUGACCCACAUGAACAUCAUUCAGCUGUACGAUGCUUUUGAAUCAAAAAAUGAUGUGGUCCUUAUUAUGGAAUAUGUGGAAGGAGGAGAACUGUUUGAUCGGAUUCUUGAUGAGAGCUCCAACUUGACAGAGAUGGAUGCCAUCUUAUUCAUAAAGCAAAUCUGUGAAGGGAUUCAGUUCAUGCAUCAAAUGUAUAUUCUCCAUUUGGACUUGAAGCCUGAGAAUAUCAUGUGUGUGAAUCGAAAAGAGUAUCAAAUAAAGAUUAUUGACUUUGGGCUGGCAAGAAGAUACCAACCAAGAGAAAAACUUAAAGUCAACUUUGGCACUCCUGAAUUUCUCGCUCCUGAAGUUGUAAACUAUGAUUUUGUGUCUUUUCCUACUGAUAUGUGGAGUAUUGGUGUCAUUGCCUACAUGUUGAUUACUGGAUUAUCUCCUUUUCUGGGUGAUGAUGAUAAUGAGACUUUGAACAACAUCCUGGCUUGUAGGUGGGACUUUGAUGAUGAAGAAUUUAAGAAUGUGUCUGAAGAAGCCAAAGAUUUCAUCUCUAAGCUCCUUAUCAAAGAAAAAUGCUGGAGAAUAAGUGCCGGUGCAGCCUUAAAACAUCCUUGGCUGUCCAACCUAACACUCCAUUGCAAUCUGAAAGCUAAGAAGAAGAAGAAGAAAUGUUCUUCUUCAUCUUAA